GAGACCGAAUUCCCAUAUUUGGCCUGAAUGGCCCUUGUUCCGACACUUAUAGUCCGGACCCGGUUGCCAUAGGCCCCAGCAGCUUGUUUUCUCCCCUCAUCGACUCAUAUCCCAUACCCUACAUCGCUACCUGGCUGUAACGAUCGUCAUGUUUUUCGGACUUUUCUCGAGUCAGCCUCGCGUGUACGCGCGCGUCAUGGACAACCUGCGGCUUUACCUCCGCGACGCACAACUCCCCGAUCUCGUCCUCGAUGCCUCGGCACCGCCGACCGCGCUCCCGCCCAGCGGCCACAAGACGCACCGCAACGCCCUCUCCGUCCGCGGAGAGCGCUACCGGUUGCUAGAACAUAUCAACGGCAUCGACAUGGAGGAGUUCGUCGCUAUGGUCUCUCAAUGGAACGAUGCAUACAUGCCCGCAGAGAGUACCGGCAUGGAAGACCACGACUACAUCAAUGGUGAAUCGCCCACCGUCCCUGCGCCGAGCUUCACCCACAUCGGACACGCCCCUUUGCGGCGGCCCUCGGACCUGACGCGCCUACUACCUUGGAUUGACUCCCUUCCGCUCCUUACCGUACAACGAAUCAUGCACGUUCUUUUCUACGACGAAACGAAGGGACAUACUUUCCAACACGGGCCAACCGACAUGGACAGCGCCAUCUGGCGCUACCUCCUAUGGGCGCCGGCGCUCGAGAUCGAGGGUAUCGACGGCAUGGAGAACCCCAAUAUGAUGAUUGAGAGGUUCCGCCGGUCGGUCCUCGUGGCGGUCCAGCCGCCUUGGAUACUGGGCGAACACGAUAUCAAGAACUUCGCCAAUCUACGACAUUUUCCACCUUUCCGGGGUGUAGAGCCGCAGGUCGGCGAGAAGGCAGAGCCGUCGGACCUAGAAUCGAAGCAGAGGAUAUGGGCGAAGUUAUGGGACACCUGCGUGAGGAACAACACGCAUUGGUUCGUGUUGACGAACUACAAUCAAUGGGUCUUUGGGCACUUCUCAUCGGGAUGGACCACCGCAUUUGUCAGCCCCGUAUUCAACUACGACAGCGAGACGCCGACUGUCAUGGAAUGCCUCACCUUCUGGCUCGCCUCCGCUUCCCAAGCACCGGGUAGCAGGGCGAUCCCCAAGGUGCCCGAGCCCGUACGGAAUUGGCGCACCAUUAAUUUCACGGAAUCAGACAUACCCUUCGCGGACCCGAACGGCUCGGAAUCCGAGUGGUCGGGGAAGGACGAUGACCUUGGCGAUGCCAUCGAAUCAGCGUCCGGGAUACUAUCCACGGACUCGCAUGAGCACGCCGGGCGCCGAGCGCCCAUCUUCCGAAUGGACGACCAGGUCGAAGACUCGGUCACGAAAGUCAACCAAUGGGACUACGUCCGACUGCAGCUCACGCUGAAGCCACCACAGGUGGAGGAAGACAUGAUGUCGACCGGGUCCACAGAGACCCAGAAGGGCGACCCUCGCGGCCACUUCAUGGCAUAGUCUGCCUAGUCACGACGCUCAUCUGUAGCAUAGUGUUCUGUGUGUAUAGCUAGAAUCAACUUAGAUCCAUUCUCAUCGAGUCCUGAGUCUUCUGUGGCGUGUGCCCGCCAUGCGAUGAGUUCGGUGUGAUGGCCUUCGACGCG